UUUUUUUCUUGGCCUUUUUGUUCCUUCUUCUCCUUCUCUCACCGCCACUGGUUCCUUGUCCAAUAUAGACAAAAUAGACAGACUGUUGCCAUGUCGUAUACCUAUGGUCUUAGCAACCGUGACUAUGACAGUUACCUUCGUUAUCAGUGGUACUUGAUGCGACAACAAGAAGAAGCGUACUAUCAGGCUUUGAUGGCAAGACAAGCUGGGAUCUAUGACGAUGGAAUUUCCUACAUGCGAGGUCCAGUCUACCCACGGCGAAGUAGAAGAAGACGGGCUUAUUCGAUGGAAGAUCGACAUCGGCCCUUUACGCGAGCGGAAACAGAAUAUGAUGAUGCCGACCAAGACGACCACGACCACGACAACCACCCCUACAAUGAGAUGGUCCAAACGCAGGUAGACCCUCAUGAUGAUGAAGAAGAAGAAGAGGAGGAGGACAGCGAUACGUUGGAUGAAAUGGAAAUCUUGGCUGCCGAAAAUGCCAAACGAAACAGUCGUCCUUACAAGCUUAUUCCGUCCUUGUCGGAAUCCAGUUCAGGUCCAUGGAUUCCUUGGGGACCGCCACCCCAAGCUUCCUGGAGUUCGCCACUCAUCAUCCCUCCAGUAGCCGUUCACACCACCUCCACCUCCACCAACAACACCGCCUCCUCCAUUCAAGUCUCCCCCAAUCACACCCCGGCCUCUGACAACUCUACCUUGGUGGAUGAAGAAUCCAUCUCUUCUGAUACGAGCUAUUCGAAACAAGACAUUCAUGCUACACAGACAUCACCAAAACACAGUAAAAAGAAACGAUGGCCCUUUUCUUUUCUGUUUACCCGAUCAUCCUCUCGCUCAACACUGUCGCCAUCGUCAUUGUCGUCGCCUGGGACGACCACCAAAAGUAUGUCUAAAGGUGCCUCUCCGUCAUCACCAUCCCACCGUGUCAUACAUACCAUUGCAUCGCCUGAUCCCGUGGGCGAUGUUUUGGAUAUUCAGCAGCAAAAGAAACUCGUCGAAUUAUUAAACGAUCCCAAGCAACGGUGUCAACCAAAGGAUACACCCGAGGAAGCAGCGCAGGUAGCCAAGCUCGAUCGAAUUUGGGUCUUUCGACAUGCCAGUAAGCCCAGUUCGGAAGCCAUCGAUGUGUGGACAGGAUUUGACUACAAAAAUCAACUGUUGCUAACGCAGUACCAUGACGCAUCCAAGGCGUCUGUCGAUGCGGGCAUUGAAAUUUUUGAUUCACAUAUUCGGCAUGGUCGAUUACCGGUGUUGGUGGUGCCCAGUCGGAACCAAUGUUUUUACCCCAUCACAUUGGAAGGUGAUGAAAUUGCUACUUUGGAACUCGCCUGUCUCCCCAAUUCGUCCGAUGUGCAAUUCGUAUAUCGACAACCCCUUGCUUCUUUAUCAUGAACCGUAUGUACAGUAUACCCCACUUUUACGGUAUCUGAGCUGUACCACACAUGAUAUGCGACAUGACCCCGUGUACAGAUCAAAGCGAACAGACCGUUACAAGCGAUUGCCACUUUUAGUAAAGCGCUUUUUUUUUCUUUUUUUGUGUGAACCUUAAAAAAAAGUUGCUUCGGCGCUUUGAUAACCAUAACGUAAAGGUCACCAUAAAUGUAGAUAGUUCUAUAUACCAAUGGUACUUUGUAUUUUCGCCAUCUUUUACUGGAAAGAAGGUUCAUCUGUUAUGAUUCACUGUGCAUAUGGUUACAGUGCAUAUGAUCAUGAGCAUUCUUUGGCUAUGUGUGAAUUGUACAACAAAAGAAAAGUUGUUGACCGU